GCGGGGGGCCGCGUCGGAGCCCCGCAGGCCGCCGUCGCCGCCAUGGACCGCUUCCUGGUGCUGCUGCACUCGGUGGCGGCCGGCCUGUCGGCCAGCGAGCUGAGCGACCUCAAGUUCCUGUGCCGCGAGCGGGUGGGCAAGCGGAAGCUGGAGCGCGUGCAGAGCGGCGUCGACCUCUUCUCCGUGCUGCUGGAGCAGAACGACCUGGAGCCCCAGCGCACCGACUUCCUGCGCGAGCUGCUCACCUCCCUGCGGCGCGGCGACCUGCUGCAGCGCCUGGACGACUUCGAGGCGGGCGGCGCGGGCGGGGCCGCGCCCGGGGAGGAAGACCUGAGUGCAGCGUUUGACAUCAUAUGUGACAAUGUGGGGAGGGACUGGAAAAGACUGGCUCGUCAGCUUAAAGUCUCUGAGGCGAAGAUGGAUGGCAUCGAGGAGAGAUAUCCCCGUAACCUUAGAGAGCGGGUAAGGGAGUCCCUGAGAAUCUGGAAGAAUAUGAAGAAGGAAGAUGCCACGGUGGCCCGUCUGGUGGAGGCGCUCAGGGCCUGCCGGAUGAACCUAGUGGCCGACCUCGUAGAGGAGGCCCAGCAGGCCCAGGGCCUCCAGAACCAGAGUGGGGCCAUGUCCCCAAUGUCAUGGGACUCAGACACGUCUGCCUUGGAAGUGCCCUGAUGAGUGCUGCUCUGCCCCAGUGGACGGUGGGCAUCUGCACAGGCUGGACCUCAGGUCUUCCAUGAGGGUGGCCAGGUGCCUUCUGUGCCCGGCCCCCUGAAGACACAGUGAGCCAGGCUGAGGUGAGCCCCACUCUCAGAGCCACAGACUGGCCGCUUCUGAAUUCAGGCUGUGCCGGUGCUUCCUCCAUGCCAGGCAGGGCCCAGACACUGCACAGAUACUUCUGUUUAUUCUUCACCGUCGCUCUGAGAGCAAGAUCCUGUCAUCUCCACUAAACAGCCUGCUGCAGGAGAAAGCUGGAACUGUCUGGCACAUGGAAGGAAUCUGUACAAAUUGGCCCUUAUUCCUCUUACUCAAUGGGUGAGGAAACCAGCUCAGAGAGGUCGAGGAACUGGAGCAAAGUCUGCGAGUAGUAGCAGGAGAGCUGGUGUCCAAGCCCACACCUUCUGGCCCAGACGCCACGCCUUUAGUCUUUGUGUCUUCUUCUGCCCACAUGGUUGGCAAAAAGGACGUUUUAGCCCAUUUCCUCGUGGGCCGUCAGGGCAGACCUGGACACGAGGACCAGAUGGCGUGAAGGGUGAGACGCGUCCCAGUCCAGAAGUCUGGAGGCCUGGUUCGGCCAGUGCUCAGCCUUUGAAGGGGCCGAGUCUCCGAGGAUGAGCUGAGAUGUCUGCUGAGUGCUCACAGUCACACUCUGUAGAUGUCCCUAUGAGGAUUAUGAUUCCUGCGGUUCUUAAGUUUGCUACUGUUUUGUAUCCAAAUCAGUAUCUUUCUGAUAACAAAAUGGGCAAGGAGGUGGGAUCCUCAAAUCUUCUUGCUUCUAAGGUAAGCCUAUUAAAGCAAAUGCCUUUACAGUGGAAACCUGAAUUACAAAAAAUUUUCCAUGCCUUUUAAUACACUGAAGCCCCAACAGCCAAUUACAGCGUUACUUGCACCUUGUCGUGGCCUCAGCUUGUGAAUGUGGCAGCUGGAUUGCCUGACAGCUCACUGGCCACGAGUAGGCACACAGCGGUCAGCUGUCGGGUCUUUUGCCACUUUCAGGAUCCAUUUGUCCCAACUCCAUGGCUGUGACCUUGGGACAGUCUCAUGCCUUACUAAACCAUCUUGACCUUGGUUGCUGAAAUCGUAGCCAAGGUUGUGGGGGCACUGUCUCCACUAAGCUGUGGACCUCGGCCUUGGAGCUCCUCCACACGUUGGCCAGAUGAUUCUGGAUACCAGGCAGCAUGCUGGGAGCCGGGGCCGUGGCAGUGAGUGAGACAGAAGUGGCCCUGCCCUGUUGGCGCUGAAAGCCCAGCCAGGAGCACAGGUCGUCACCAGCUUGGGGUGCUGCCCAGGAGCUGAGCCCGCCCCUGUGUUACUCGCUGUAAGCUUCAGCUCAGGGCUAGUUCUGUAAAGAAGAACGUCAUUUCUCACGGACUGAAGUGUGGGCAGCUUGGCUUUGGGGAAUAAGUUUUCUGGGAGGGAAAAAGAAUCGAUAUCUCUCGAGCGGAGGCAGAGGUUCUACAUUCCCAUAAAAGUUUAUGGUAUCAGCUGCUAUAAUGUGGAAAUGUCCUACGUCUGCUUUGGUGCUUCUCAUACCUGGCAGGAGUCCGCCCUCCAUCACACCAGGUGUUCUGAAAGGGGUCUGGGGAACGUGACGUUAGUGCACCUGCAAUUUUCCAUUGCUUGGAGCAAACGCCAGGCCAGGCUCAGUCCCCAGUCUGUUGCUGGCUUAACUCCUGGCCUGUCCCGCAGUCCUGUGUUGGGUGAGGGCGCUGGGUCUCCUGCCCUUGGCACUGACCUUCCAGGAUCUCCCCACGCUGAGGGUGAGGGAGAGGAACUCGGGCUUCACAGCAGACCUGGGCCCUGCUCCCAGCCCCAUCAAGCCCUGCCCAGGGUGCGGCACGCGGCGGGAUUCCCAGCCUCAAUCUUCCCUGUCCUCGCUGCCCGACCGCACUUGCUGUCCACCUCCAGGACUGGAGGGGGCUGGCCCCACCCCGACAGCAAAGCCACAGAGCAUGGUGACAUGUGGCACACUUGCCCCAGGAGGUGAACAUUGACGUGUGCAGGAGACUGCCCCAGGAAGAUGGGACUCGGCCAGAGGCAUCCCUUUGUUCAGCCAAUCCAUGAAGCAGCCACCAUAGCGGGGCACGGUGCCAGACGCUGGGGCCGCAGCAGAACAAGAUGGGCAACUGUCCUCAGGAAGCACCGGGUGUUCCCAAUGUCAUAAAACAAGGGGAAAAGCGAAGAACGUAUGCACAAGUGUCUGAAAUAGCAUAAAUGCCUACAUCAUUGCUGAAAGUGCAGAGACGAUAAGUAUUUGAUGUAGCUGAUGGUUUGCAAGAUGAUAAGCUGUGUAUACUUUAUAUUUUCCACAUUUCUGUAAUGGUGCUUUUUUUAAAAAAUGACCCACCAGAUACUGAAAUAGAUGCAACUUGGACUGUUCGGUGGGGAGUGUUCCCAGAGCAGCGAGCGUGUGAGGUCCCGUCCUGGCUCUGCCCCUCGUGACUCCAUCCCUCCAAAAGGGGCCAGUAGGUAAAAAUUGUCAAAAUCUGGGGUGACUUGUUUCUCAGGUGCCCUUGAAGCAGGCAGUGAGAUUGUACCCAGAGCCCCAGGGGCCAGUCCAGAGGUUACUCUGUUGCCUCUCUGUGGUUCACUCAGAGCCCUUGAGCUCAGCAGCAGCCUGUGGUCGUGGGGCCCCGCCCUCCUGCCUGCCAUCUGGACAGAUCCACAGAGGCAGAGCACUUGUGAGCACCGACUUGGGCCCCGCCGCACGGGGAACAUCUUCACAGCCUGUCCUGGGACAGAUGGGACCGUAUCCACUCAGCACCAUGACCUUUGGGACAGGUUCAGUCACACGCCAUCCUUAGUUGGGAUGAUUGUUGGACAAAGAUUUCUUGUACCAACUUUACUCCAAAAAUUAUGUUCCUCUUUUUUAUUUUGCAAUCCCUUAAAACUUAUGUUUCUGAAAAAGGUGCACAUAAAUACGGGGUUUUCUUGAAAACUAAAGAGCCACAUCUUGCUCUCCUAGUCUUUCCCCUGAGAAAAAAAAGUCCAAAUGUCUGUUCUUUGCAGGGAACCUUGGGCCUGUGCUGGGGAAUUUGAUCCAGCACUUGCUGGGACAAAGGGACAAUCCCAUGUCUUCAGGCUCCUGGAUUUCCAGGUGCCUUUGCUCCGCCUGCCUCACACUGUGCCCCUCCAGGACUCGGGCCCUCACAUUCCUCUAGCUGCCUUCUGCCCCCGGCACUCCUGAGACCACUCCCCACAAACUGCCCCUGCUCAGUCCCAGGCUGCCUCUGCCCCAUGUGCUUUUUCAUUCUGUCUUGCUCAGCCACUGGGCCCCUGGCACUUCUCGAGACCAUUCUGUCGCCAGCCUUCCUCUUAUCUCCCUCCUGGGCCUUGCCUGGCCCAGGUCUUUCUCCUAGGCCUGCCUGCAGACCCACAUCGAAGACGUAGAAGAAAAUACAUUUCUUCUUUGCAGCUUCUAGAAGCCACCUGCCUCUAACUCAUGGCCCUUCCCUCCAUCUUCAAGCCCGCACUGUAACAUCUUCCAAUCUCUGGCUGACUCUCCUGCCUGCAUCUCAGUAAGAUCCUUGUAAUGACGUGGGGCCACCUGGCCAAUCCAGAUCAUCUCGCCAUGUCGGCAUCCUUAAAUCCACAUCUGUGAAAUCCCUUUGCCACGUGAAGGAAAGUGUUCAGCGGUCCUGGGAAUGAGGAUGUGGGCACGGGCGAGGGUGCCUGCUCUGCCCACCACACACCUGAGACUCGCCGUCUCCCGCACCUGUGCCCAGUUGCGUGCCUGACACCACAGACCCUCCUUCCUCUCACUGGUGCUCACUCUUCCCCCCACGUAUGCCUGAGGCCUCGGGAGCAUUCCUCCUGCCCUGCUGCCACCCGGCUCCCUGCAGGGCCUGGCCCCUGCUCUCCAGACAGCCUCAGCACGUGACUUCCUAACUCAUCCUCCCUCUGCUGUGGCCUCUUCCCCCCACCCCCUCUCCCAUCCCACCCUGCCUGCAACAGGAGACAAAUACUGUAGACCCUGACUCUGUUCUUGGAAACCAUGAACUUUGUACACAUUUUUUAGUUUUAUAUUCUUAUUUCCAGAUGACCAUUCUGAGUCAUCCUGCUGAUCACUCUUUAACCACACCAUUCCUGUGUGAACUGUGUCUGGAACCAGACCAUGACGAGGACAGCAUGUGCUCGUGCCAAAAUGACCACAGUCACCACUACUCUGCUGAUCUGAAGGCAAGGCUUCUCUUCCAGGGAAGAUUUGCAAUUGAAAGCCAUUUUCCUCAAAGAAGCCCUUAGUUUCUUUUCUUCUUCUUUU